GGGUCAGUUAUAACUAGGGCGGGGCUCGUGGAUUGCAAAAUUGCUAAGGGUGUGGCUGCCUAUUGGGCUCGCUCGUUCGCUCGAGAAUGUCAACAAAACCAGAUGAGCUGAAGAAAACAUUUGACAGAGAACUUAAUAUUGAUGAUUUUCAAUUGGUAUGGGAAAGAGCUGGUGUUCUUUCAGGACGGUGGGAUUCUAUUGGCAUUCUGUUAGGACUGAGCCCUAAUAAGAUAGAUGAGAUUGAAGCAGAGGGCAAGCCGCCAAGAACCUGUCUACGAAAAGUAUUUGAUUGCUGGUUAAAAAGGGACUAUGACUAUAAGAGUCAUGGUGUCCCUACAUUAAGAAUGCUGUGUAGCUCCAUUAAAAGUCAUAGUGGAGGAGCUGAUCCAGCUCUAGCUGAUGAAAUUGCAAAAGAAUAUGCCAUUAAUCUUACUAGUGGUGGAGAGACGACUACAUCACCAGUUCAUACUUCAUCUUCUAAAGAAGCUACCCCAACUGCUGAGCUACCAGUUCCUACUUCACCUCAAUCUAAGCCUUCAGUCCUUUAUGUUAGGAAAAAAUCAUUUGAAUAUUCACCUGAAAACUUGACACAAAUGAUUGGAGACCUACAAGAAGUUUACCUUGAUAAUAUGCGUUUUACUAAGAAAUCGUUUCGUUCUAUUGAUGUCUCAGAAGUAAUCGAUUUUGUUCAAGAUUAUAUUGCACUACUACUAAGCCCACGUUUUCGUAAAAGCCAAGUGAUUCAGCCAAUGAAAAUUGAGUUUGACCAAGUCAAAACAAUGAAGCAUUUAUUUAAUCUAUUGGAGAAACACAUCUCCUGGUUCAAUUUUGAACUUGUCGUUAAGUUAGUCAAUACUUUUAUCACUGAUGAGAGAGAUUUACAGAGGAGGUGGUCAACAUACCAUGAGAAACUAAAAGAUUAUUUUAAAAAUAACAAUACUCAAGCAGUUCAAAUUGCAGACUCAAUUGAGUUUGGUCUUUCUAAUGUUCCAGGCACUAAAGUAAUGAUUGUUAAGGUUGCCAGGGACGACUACACAUUAAAUGAUUUAUAUUUCUUUCACAAGCUGAUUGCCAAUGCAUUUGAAGUUCCACAAUAUAAUUUUCAUUUUUGUACGAUUCAAAAUGGAUGUAUGGAAUUAAAAUAUUCCAUUCCUGAUUUUCUUCAUUCUGUUCUCUUUCCAUUAACCAAUCAACAGUGUCAUUUAUUGGCUGAGAUUGGAAUCACGAAAUUAACUUGUCAUGAGUAUGUACAGGACAUGAAGCAGUUGCCAGAAAACAAAUUAAAGAUGCUCCAUGAUUCUCCUAUUGAUAUUUAUGAUCCUCUCUGGUAUGAAAAUACCAGCACUUUAUUGAUUGAAGCAUGUUGGAAAGGAUUAAAAGAUAAAGUACCACAAUUAAUUGACAAGACUGGCCUUCAGGAAAGAGGUAAAAAUGGAUGGAGUCCACCAUUAGCUGCUUCUUAUGGUGGCCAAAUUGAUGUCCUCUGUCUCCUCAUUGAUGUUUAUGAUUGCGAUCCUUCACAAGGUGAUGAUGAUGGUGUUAUUAGUUUACACAUGGCCUCAUAUAAAGGCCAUCUCAAUAUUGCACAGUAUCUAGUUAAUAAAUGUCACGUUGAUCCAGACAUAGCAGAUAGCUCUGGUAACACAGGAUUGCUUUACUCAGCACUGGGUGGUCACAUUGACCUCGUGACUAUGUUUUUAAUGAAGAAGUGUAAUGUGUCUCAGGUCAAUAGAGAAGGAUCUACUUUAUCAUUAUUAGCAUGUAAGAGUGGACAGGUAGCAUUAGUUCAUCAGCUUAAGCAGUUUGCUAUUUUCUCAGAAGAUGACAUAGAUUUCAAUGGAUGUGGAAUAGUACAUUAUUGUGCUAUGAGUGAUAGUGUAGAUCUGUUAGAAUAUCUUAAUGAUAGCAAGACUAAAUUGAAUGAAAGAGAUCGUUUUGGUGCAACACCACUUCAUAUAGCAUGCCAGUAUGCUUCAUCAGGUUUCAUUAUGAAAAUGGUUGAUGUUUUUGGAUAUAAAGUGUUACUAGAAGCUGAUUAUAGUGGUCGCUCUUCUCUUCAUUACUUAUGUAGUGGAUUGGUUGAUAGAUAUUGCAUAACAGAAGUAUACAAUAAGGUCACGUUACCGUGUGAUAUACCUUUACUAAUGCAAAUUGCUUCAUUUAAUGUAGAGAGCCGGAAAGGCUUAGUUCGUAGAUGUGUAUCAUUAAAUGUCAAUGUUGCUAAACAACAAAAACGGGUGAGCCUUUUAUCUACACUCCUCAAGACAAGUGUUAUUGAUAAUUUUAAUAUAAAUUCAAUUACUGCUACUGGUCAAUCAUUGGUUCAUUUAGCAUGAACUAGUGGUAGUGUAUUAUUAGUGAAGGUAUUAGAGGAGUAUGGUAUUAAUACAAGUUCAUUAGAUUAUGAGGGUCAGUCUGCAGUACAUUAUGCUGCUUUAUCAGGUUCACCCACUCUACUCAGUUAUACUGUAUCUCAGUAUAGCUUGAAUGCCAGUCAACCAGACUACAAAGGUGUAGUACCAUUAGCAUUAGCUUGUAUGUCAGGUAGUAUCAAUGCGGUAGAAUAUAUUAUGAAUACUACUGACAUUGAUAUUAAUAUAACCUGUAAUGAGGGUAGAACACCUCUUCAUUAUUCAUGUCGUCAUGGAAAUAUUGAUCUCAGUCAAUAUCUCAUUGAAGUACAAGACAGUGACAUUAACAUAAUUGAUAAUAAGAAGUGGAAUGCAUUAACUCAUAGUGCUUGGAGUGGUAACAUUAAGCUAGUCCAAUACCUUACUAAUAAUUAUCAAUUGCCUCUAUUGUCGUUUGCAUUACUUCAAGCAGUACGCAGUUCAUUAGCUAAAUUAUUAGUUAAUGAAUAUAAACUAGAUCCUCAAGUUGAAGAUAAUGAAGGUAUGAAAGCAGUUCAUUGUGCAGCUCAAGUUGGUGCUAUUGAUGUCUUAGAGUAUUUAGUAAAAGAUUGUGGAUGUAAUUUGGAUAGAGUAGGUGGUUUACACAACAUGAAUGUGUUUCAUUAUUCUACAGUGAACGGUCAUUUUUCCUUUAUUAAAUAUAUUAUGAAUAUAUAUCCACAAUAUAAUAAUCUAUUAUAUUCUACUAAUGAUAAUGGUGCUCCACCAGUUCAUUAUGCCUGUGCUAGUGGGGUAACACAACUAGUGUCAUUUCUAAUUGAUGUAAUGAAAUGUGAUGUCACUACUGAAGAUAUAAAUGGCUAUACUUGUGUCACACGUGCAUGUUCCUCCGGCAAUGUUGAUAUUUUGAAAUUAUUAUUAAAACAAUACAACCUUAAUCCUAGAAUAUUUCGUGGAAUAUCAUCACUACAAGCUGCAGUGGCAUAUGGAUAUGUUCAUAUACUAGAAUGGCUCAAACAAGAGUACCAUAUCAAUAUAGUUACAUUUAUGAAAGGUGUGUUACCUUUUCUUGCUGCACAAUAUAACCGUUUAUAUUGUUUAAAGCAUUUAUUAAGCAAUUAUUCUUUUGAUAUUAAUGCCACUAAACCAAUUAACAGUACUCAAUAUACACUCCUUCACAUAGCAUGUCAGAAAGGACAUGUUGCUAUGGUUCUCUACCUCACUAGUUUUCCUCAGUGUGACGUAUCAGCUAAAACUUCAAACGGAUCAACAGUUCUUCAUUUAUCAUGUGAAAGUUGCUCUAUUCCUAUACUCAAACAUCUAGUGGAGGAGCAUCAGUUGGAUCUCACUAUUAAAGAUUUCAAUGGAAUGGCUCCAAUUCAUGUAGCCUGUGAAGAAGGAUCAUUGAGUAUAGUCAAGUACAUUAUAGACCAUUCACCAUUAUCUCUUGAUAUGACUGACUCUUUUGGACGUACUCCACUACUUAUUGCAGCUUUCUCUAAAAACUUUCCCAUCAUUCGUUACCUCAACAGUAAAAA